UUUCUUUUAAAAAUUUAAAUCUUGAUUUCAUUAAUCUUUUCUUGCAACUUUGAGUUUCUUUUCUUGGGAGUAAUUUUUAUUGGAUGUAAUGAACUUGUUAAUUUACUUUGGAUUCAUCGAUGCCGUAGCAAAGUAGUUUCAGUAACUUAGAUUUGUCUACGCCGUUGUGAAACUUCAUUGUUCAAUUCGAUGUAUUCACUUUGAUUUUUAAGCUAAUUUUUGAGUUGGAAAUGGCUGGAGUUCUUUUUAUUUGAAUCUCAACUAUCUUAUUUAGUGUUAACAUCUAUCGAAUCUAAUUCGCGAAAAUCUGUUAAGCUAUAUAUGGUGGAGUCGAUAUUAGACAAGGAAAACUUUACUUUGGAAGAGUUACUGGAUGAGGAAGAAAUAAUCCAAGAGUGCAAUGCUUUAAAUAGUCGACUCAUCAAUUUUCUGCGAGAUCGAACCCAAGUUAUGCAGUUAUUGCGUUAUGUUGUUGAAGAACCUCCAGAGGAUGCUGACAGAAAACAGGCCUUUAAGUUCCCAUUCGUUGCCUGUGAGAUAUUUACAUGUGGGAUUGAUGUUAUCUUGAAGACCUUAGUGGAGGAUGAAGAGUUGAUGAACUUUCUUUUCUCCUUCUUGGAACUGAACCGUCCUCAUAGUGCCUUGCUAGCUGGUUAUUUCAGUAAGGUUGUUGCAUGCCUUAUGCUACGGAAGACUGUUCCACUUAUGAACUACGUUCAAGUACAUCAAGAUGUGUUUUGCCAACUGGUUGAUUUGAUAGGAAUUAGAUCCAUAAUGGAGGUUUUGGUUCGGUUAGUAGGUGCUGAUGAUCAUGUAUAUCCAAAUUUUUUGGAUGUAAUGCAAUGGUUAGCUGAUAUCAAUUUGCUGGAAAUGAUUGUGGAUAAAUUGAGUCCAUCAUGUCCUCCUGAAGUUCAAGCUAAUGCGGCAGAAACAUUAUGUGCAAUAACACAGAAUGCCCCAUCAGCUUUAGCCACUAAACUCUCUAGUCCAAGCUUUGUUGCAAGGAUAUUUGGUCAUGCAUUGGAAGAUUCACAUUCAAAAGCUAGCCUUGUACACUCACUCUCAGUUUGUAUCUCAUUGUUGGAUCCAAAAAGAUCAGCAAUAACUUCUCCCUUGAUGCAUUCUUUCCGAAAUCAACAUAUGUAUGAGCUCCCAAUCCCUGUAAAUUUGGAGACUAUCAAUGCGAUGCUGCCUAAGCUUGGCGACUUACUCAUGCUUUUGAAUGUGUCAUCCGAUGAGAAAAUUUUGCCUACCACAUAUGGAGAAUUGAGGCCACCUGUUGGGAAGCAUCGUUUAAAGGUUGUGGAGUUCAUUGCUGUGCUGUUGAAAACUGGAAAUGAAGCUGCGGAGAAGGAAUUGGUCAGCUCAGGAACCAUUCAACAAGUUCUUAAUCUUUUCUUUGAGUAUCCAUUCAACAAUGCAUUGCAUCAUCAUGUGGAGAGUAUAAUAUUAUCAUGUCUGGAAAGCAAGAAUGACGCAAUAGUUGAUCAUCUUCUUCAAGAAUGUGAUUUGAUAGGGAAAUUUCUCCAAACUGACAAACAUCCAAUUCUUUCUAAUGACAGUAAUCAGCCAACUUUACCUGCUGCUGGAAAACGUGCACAACGGGCAGGGAACAUUGGACACAUUACACGUAUUUCAAAUAAACUGGUACAGUUGGGAAGCAGCAACAGCCACAUUCAGGCAUGUCUACAGGUAAACAGUGAAUGGAAUGAGUGGCAAGCUAAUGUUCUGCAAGAACGUAAUACAGUUGAAAAUGUAUUUCGAUGGGCUUGUGGCCGCCCAACAGCAUUGCAAGACAGAACAAGGGAUAGUGAUGAGGAUGAUCUUCGUGAUAGAGACUAUGAUGCUGCAGCUUUAACGAAUAACCUAAGCCAGGCUUUCAGCUACAAAAUAUAUGGGAAUGAUGAUAAUGAAGACCAUGGUGCACUUGAUCGAGAUGAUGAGGAUGUAUACUUUGAUGAUGAAUCUGCUGAGGUUGUCAUUUCAUCCUUGAGGCUUGGUGAUGACCAAGGGAGCAGUCUGUUCACAAAUUCCAACUGGUUUGCAUUCCAAGAUGACAGAAUCGGACAUGCACCUGUGGAUAUAUCCCCCACAGAGGUGAUGGAUGAGAUUAACUUGAAUGGCACUGGAAAUAGUGGUAACAGCGGUAGUGAUGACGAGGUAGUAGUUGGAGAGGAGGAUGAGUUGACUGGAAGCAAACAGUCGGUGAAUGGCACAUCUACUUCCUAUGUGAUGAAUGGAUUUAACAAUUCCAUGAGCGGUGGAGACUUGAAUCCACAAAGGGAGAAAGCAAAUGCUUCAAAAGAUAUGGGAUUCUUCAGGUUUGACACACCAGGAAGUGAGGACUUAUUUGGAGAUGGGCCUUUACCUGAGUGGGUGGGGUGGGGAGAAUCUUCAGAUUUGCAAGUAGGUGGCUCAAGCAAGAAUCCAUUUCUCGACGAUGACAGCUCAGAUGUCAACCUACCCAGUAAUACCGAUGUUGGGCCCCCCUCAAAUGCAGAAUUCAUACUUCCAAAUGGUUCCUCAGACUCAAUGGAUUUGAGUGAUGGAUCAGUGAGCAGUGAUACAAGUCCAAAAUAUCCUCCAGUUCCCUCUUUGUUUGAAGAGGAUGUUGAAUUUGUAGGUGUGGAAUUAGAAGGUACAGAGAAGGCAAUUGAACAAGCUAUGAAAGAAGGAAUAGUUGGGGAAGCAGGGCCACUGAAGAGGAACAUUGUUCCCAAGGUACCAGGAAAGGAGAAUUCUGAUGACGGUGGAGCUGCGCUGCAGGAGUACAAUGAUGCAAACUAUUGGAGGGUUGAUAAAGAGGUUGCUGUUUUGGAGUAACACCGGCCAAACAUAAGUUUGUGGCUGAACCUGGAAAGUUGGAUCCAAGAGCGACAUCAGUGUUUUUGGUUGGCGAGGCCUGAGGCACCAAAUUCACAUGUACAUUAUAAUUUUGUUCCCAGAUGGGGUUGAAAACGGUAGUCUGUGCUAUGGUUAAUUACUGUUACUGUUCAUUAGUUAUUGUUACUCUUAUUAUUGUUCUAUCAAUCAAGGUUUUGUUUCUUCCUGUUGCUGAUCAAUGGCUGGAAUACUCCUGGACGGUGUUGUGUUCUUCACUUCUCUUCCGCCCUUUUUUCAGUUUUCCAUUGGCUUA